CUUCGCCACACCGAGUCAACGAGCGCCGCAUCGUCGUCAACCACAGUCUCUUGCCCGGACAUCUCUCGCUACACAGAGAGAGAGAGAGACAUCAAAAACCAAAAACAAAACAAAAUGGGUGGUGCCAACAGAGAAGGCGGCAAGGCCAAGCCGUUAAAGGCCGCGAAGAAGGCCAACAAGGAGCUCGACGAGGACGACAAGGCCUUUCUCGAGAAGAAGCGUGCCGAGGAGAAGGCGCGCAAGGAGCUGGCGGCCAAGGCCGGCGGCAAGGGCCCUCUCAACACCGGCGCCCAGGGCAUCAAGAAGAGCGGCAAGAAAUGAUGAGCGACGGCGGGCGACGGACGGCUUGCGCGCCGGCGGCUUCCCGAGCGUGAUAGGCUAAUCCUAUGCCAUGUGCUAUGUGCAGUGUUUGCGUUGCGUAGACCGGGAAGGGUGCAUGCCAACGAGGCGAGGACGCUGUCGUUUUGGGGUCUUUCCAUGUUUUUUUGAUAACUGUACCGCGGGCUUGCAGAUGCGUGACUGCUAAUGAGAAACGAUAAACGCCCA